CGCAAUCUCGAGCAGCCAAUUCCUGUCCAGUGGCCAUAUUGAAAUCUCAAGUCUAUCAGGACUCUAAAGGGACUGGGUUGGCUGUCUAACUGGAAGUCUUUAAAAUAUCGUAUUUUUAUAACAGAGGGAUUUGAGCCAGACAUUCCACCUGAGACUCUGCCUGUACUGAACGGCAAGUUGUCUCUGACUUUUGUGGGAAAAUGAGUCCAACCGAUGCUAAACGAGGAGCUAAACGCAGGAAGAACAAGCGGGGCGGUGGCAGCAGUAGCACUGUCUGCAGUACCAGUGGCAAGGCCGGGGUUUCAGCCACGGCCCUGAGUCCUCAAGCCACGGCAACACCCGUGUCUACCAUGGGCUUUCUGACACCAGGGAGCUCUGGAAAUGGGAACAUGGUCUCUAUAACAGGCCUGAACGGAGAGGUCCCUAUGAACGGUAACGUUACACCACAAUUUUCGGAGGGGCCGGUGAAUUCCGACUUCUCUGGAGUCCUUCAGACCCCGUUCACAUUUGGCCUGAGUCAGAGGGCCCCAUACUCCACUACCGGUGACCGCUGCCUCCUGUGCCGGAGUGAGCGCAAGCCAGACAGCACCCUCCAUCCUGACACGGGGCUCCCCGGGGCAGGGCAGAAUGGUAUGGCACAGUCCCCCAGCGCACUGCAUCUGCCCCUGUGGGUGUGCUCCGACUGCCGGCGCACGGUAGAGAAGGAGGACCGCCACUCCUCCCUGGAGCAGUCGCUGGUGAGCCAAGACUUCCUGUUGCAAAUGCCUAUGGGUAAUGGAGGCUUGGGCCAAGAGAUGCCUGCCACAGGGGGCAGACUGACCAAUGGUGGCACACCCCCAACCCUCCCCACACUCCCCAUCCCAGACCUCACCACCCCUAUGACCGCUGACACCGUGUGCAGUUGUGAGGCCUGCAACGAGAGACGGGAGAUUUCGGCCGAGUCAGAGCGCGAGUCCCAGCUGCUGCAGAACCACUGGUCGGAGGUACGCUACCUAGUGCGGUGCAUCUACCGCCAGACAGGCACGCCGCUGGCCGACGACCACGACCAUCCCCUGGACCGUGACAAGGAGGGCAUGAAGGAGCUGGUGGACAGGCUGUGUGAGAAGGACCCGUAUCAGCUCUACCAGAGGCUGGAGCAGCAGGCCCGCGAGUACGUCCUAGAAAUGAAGGUGCGCCUGCUCAAGCACCUGUCGACCGGCUCUAAGGCUGCGGCAGCCGCCGCCCAGGGCCCCCCGCAGGCCCACCAGUUCAUCUCGCUGCUCCUGGAGGAGUACAGCGCCCUCUGCCAGGCUGCGCGCACCAUCAGCAGCUUCCUCCUCACCCUGGAGAACGAACACUUACAAAAGUUCCAGGUGACGUGGGAGCUGCACAACAAGCACCUUUUUGAGAACCUGGUGUUCUCUGAGCCCAUCCUGCACAGCAGUUUACCUGCACUGGUUGCACAGCUGAGGCACGGCACGGCCUCCCUCGACUCGUACAACGAGGACAUGUACAGGACCCUGCUGGAGAGCUACCAGCAGCUGGAGCAGGAGAUGGCCGCCGUGGCGGCCGAGUGGCAGGAGUGUGAGAAGAGGAUUGACGACUACGUCGACGAACAGCUGCUUUUUAAGGUGGAGGGCCAGAAUCUCACAAAUCAACGGACAGAACCACAUAAGUCUUUAAUUAGCAAAAAUACUUUGAAAACAAAACAACGGAUGCUGAAGGAAGACUGGGAGUUCUUUAAGCAGAGGAGGUUUAUAGAAGAACAGUUAACCAGCAGUAAGAAGUCUUUAGCUGGUGACAGUAACUUUACAGACACGAUGAGAAUGCUCUCCUCUCGUCUCAGCAUUCCAGACUGUCCAAAUUGCAAUUAUCGAAGACGAUGCACCUGCGACGACUGCAGCCUCUCCCACAUCCUGACGUGCGGCAUCAUGGACUCGCCCAUUGCCGAGGAUCUCCACAUCAAGCUGCCGCUUCAGGCCACGGAGCCCCCACAGCACCGGGACUACCUGGCCGAGGUGCACCCCCCCAGUCUCUCCUCCGGGGGCAGCUCAGCCUCCGCUUCGGCCUCCAGCUCGCCCAUCACCAUACAGCAGCACUCACGCCUCAUCCUGCCAGAAGGGGUUGCCACCACCUUUGAUGACGAUGCAGUGCCUCCACUGUUGGGCAAGUUUGCGGACAUCUACCCCAUGGGCAGCUAUGAGGACCCAGGGGUGGUGGCCGGCAUGAACGGCCUGCACAGCGAGCUCAAUGGUGGCGGAGAGAACAUGGCGCUCAAAGUUGAGUCUCCUGGAGGGAGCAGCAGUAGUUCGUCGGAGGGCGACGAGGAGGAGGCUGAUGAGGAGAGCUGCGGGGAGCCUUCGGGCCAGCGGAGGGAGCAUUCCCCAGGGAAGAGCAACAGCCCUCCGCCCUACUACCAACAGCAACAGGUGGAACAGCACGCCUGUGAGUGCCACGUGUGCAACCAGGUCCUGUCCUCCUCCCUCCCCCCCCUGGGCCCAGCUCCCCCUCUCUCCCCCCGCCGGAUCCACACGCCCCCCUCUGGCCACCACCAUCAGUUUUUCACUGAGGGCAACAACCAGACCCCCAACCACUCUGCCCUCCACCUCUACCCCCACAUCCACGGCCACCUGCCCCUGCAUAACCUCUCCCACCUGCCCCGGCCCCUGCUGCACCCAACACUCUACCCCAGCCCCCCCCUUUCACACAGCAAGCCUCUCCCCCCUUCCCCCACAUCGAGCCACACAGGGCCCAAGCAGCAGGCCUUCAGCCCCUCCCUACCGGACCACGUCUACCAGAACUGCUUUGGUGGAGGCGCUGGCGACUGGAACAGCUCGCUGCAGUGCCUCUCGCUCAAGUUCGAGAACAUCUGCGAUGCUGCCAUGAUGAAGAAUUGGAACCCAUCAGUGCUGCUGCAGGAGCCCCUGCCAGGGGACAUGCUGGGAUCACCCCACCACCCCAGCGUGCCCCUCCCCUCCUCGGGCUAUGGGGACCAUGCCCACACCGCCUCGGCCGAGUCCACCCCCCUUCACCUCCCCCCUCCCUUGCCGUCGGAGCAGCAACAGCCCCUGCCCAGGGAGAGGAAGAACACCGCCAAGAAGAAGUGUCUCUACAAUUUCCAAGAUGCCUUCCUGGAGGCCAACAAAGUGGUGAUGGCCACCUCUGCCUCCACCGCCUCAGUCUCCUGCACGGCAACCACUGUCCAGUCAAGUAAUAAUCACAUCCAAGUUUCAUCUAAAAGACCCAACUCCUUAGGUGACGUAUUUCACAAUAUAGGUAAAGAGGACCAUAGGCAACAACCUGGCCCUAUCGCCCCUAGGAACGGCCCCACGGCCUCCCUCCCUCCCCUCUCAUCUGGCCCAGCCCUGCCACCUGCGCCUGGUAGCACCGCCCAGCACCACUACCCCAGCAUGGGCUCGCAGCCCUUCCUAACGACGGCCACCCCAACCCCAGGCUUCAUGGAGGCCCACCACCAGGGCAUGUGCCUGUCCCCAGCCGAGCCGCCUGCCGCUGCCCCAGCCGACGGGGCCAUUAGCGCCCCGCCCAGCGUGUGCAGUGACCCCGAGUGUGAGGGCCACCGUUGUGAGGGAAACGGGGCGUACGACCACCAGGGCUACGACGGGGAGGAGAGCCAGGAUGAGGACAGCUGCUCGGAGCACAGCUCCUCCACCUCCACCUCCACCAACCAGAAGGAAGGGAAGUACUGCGACUGCUGCUACUGCGAGUUCUUUGGCCACGGCGGGCCCCCGGCGGCGCCCACCAGCCGCAACUACGCGGAAAUGCGCGAGAAGCUGCGCCUCCGUCUGACCAAGCGGAAGGAGGAGCAGCCCAAGAGGGAGGAGCAGCCAGCCGUGGUGGAGCGUGACAGCGCUGCCGAUGGCAUGGAGGACCCCCGGCGCGUGGAGGACCCCCGGCGGGUGGAGGACCCCCGGCGGGUGGAGGACCCCCGGCGGGUGGAGGACCCCCGGCGGGUGGAGGACCCCCGGCGGGUGGAGGACCCCCGGCGGGUGGAGGACCAUCGGCUGGUGGAGGACCUGCUGCAGUUCAUCAACAGUGCCAGCGACAACAAGCCUGCCUCCAGCUCCAAGGCCGCCAAGCGGGCCCGCCACAAACAGAAGAAGAUGGAGGAGAAGGUGCGUCUGGAGGCGGAGGUCCGCGAGCAGCAGGAGCGGCGGCGUCAGGAGGAGGAGGCUAUCCAACGGGAACUCCUCCGGCUGCAAGAGUUGCAGCACCUCCGCGCCGCCAAGAAGAAAAAGGAUAAGGCCAAGGAGCUCGCCACCCCGCUCCCUGCCCCCGUACCUCAGAACAACCCCCAGCCCCUCAAACAGACGGCCCAGAACGUCCUGGAGAACCUCCGCAACGGCAAGAGCCAGCUCCUGCACAGCCUCAUGCGCCUCCCUGGCCACAAGGAUCCCCGAGUGGAGCACCGACCCCAGCCCCGGCCUCCCCCCUCACAGCACAGCCCAAAGAGCAGCAGGGAGAAAGCCCUUACUCCGGCCCUUUUCACCCAAAAUGCCCCCAACUCCCCAGUCCAGUUUCUUCUCAACGGCUCCUCCGCCGCACGCCAACCGACGGAGGCCAAUGGCAAAGCCAAGCCAAAACAGCAGCAGCCAAUCGGGCAAUCCGCCAGCGAGACAAUGAUGGUCAAGAAAAUGCCAGAGGCGACCACCACCAACGGUACACCACAACUACCACCAGACGUCAAAGUGACCCGACCCAGGCCUCCCGCAGAAGAUCCGGUCGCCCCUCUGGCACCGGGACCCAGGAAGGAGGAGAGGAGCAACGGGAAAAGGCAGCACCAUCAGCAGUCGGCGAGCCAGGCGAAAGAGGAGAGGAGCGGACCCUUGAAGGAGCCCUCCCUACCCCCUGCCUCACAGACGGAGCAGCCCCAGCAGAACGGCAAACUCCUCAGCGCAGAAUCCCCCCAGCCCAAGGCCAAGUCCAAGAAGAACAAGAAAAAGAAGGCUGACAAGAUGAACAACUCAAUAGAUGACGUUUUCUUGCCCAAAGACAUUGAUCUGGACAGUACUGACAUGGACGAGACUGAGAGGGAGGUAGAGUAUUUCAAAAGGUUCUGCUUGGAUUCCGCCAGGCAGACCCGACAACGGCUGUCCAUCAACUGGUCCAACUUUAGCUUGAAGAAAGCAACGUUCGCCGCCCACUGAUGGGACCUCCCGUAGGGCAAAGAGACUGUGGCAGGAAGCAAUCAGCCCCCCCCCCCAUGCAAACUGCUAUCACAGACCCCGUCAUCACCUAGCCCUGCUGUGCCCACCCACGCUGCCUUGUUCCUUGUUGCUGUGCGGUUCUACCAUGAACCCAUCCUCUGGUCUGAUCCUCAAGCAGAACUCUUGAGAGAAUUGUUUUUUUUUGUUUUUUCAAUGAAAUGACACAAGAAAAAUGACAAAAUGCUACUUUCUACUUUUGUUUUUUUAUUGCUUGUUUGUGUGCUUUUAGUCUGAGGGGCAUUUCUCUUGACUUAAAGCCAUGUUCUGAAAUUAAUUUUCUUUUUUUCUUUUUUGGGCUGAUUCAUAGUCAAAAGAUGCUUACUAUGUAUGCUUUCUGAAAUCAGACACACAUGGAAACUUUUUUUGAGAAAAAGAGAUAUAUCUAAUGAAUUAAACUAAAGCCUCUCAAUCAGUUACUGUGGCUUACUAUCCCCUUGUUACCCACGAUUCCUCGCACGGCAUCUCAUUCAGUUAACUGACAAGGGAAUGGGCAUGGUCUGCCGCACUCUCCCUUGCCCCUACAACCUUCAAUUCACUGAGAGGAACAUGGCUUAAUACUUGACAACGUUCUUUUUUUUGUUUUUUCAGUUCCAUUUAACAAAACCGAUAAGUAAAAGUGUACCUGUUUUUUUUUUUUCUUCUUUUUUCCCAAUUUUUGACUUGUAUCCAGCUUCUAUCACAGUACUUUCAGAAUGAAAUUGAAGAAUAGAACAAUGCACACUAUCAAUCUGUUAUAGUGUAUAUUGUAUUAACACUGAAGCCAAACUGGCUACCUUUUAACAUAUUGUUAAGUAAUAUUAAAAUCUUAUCUUUCUUUUUUGAAAGAUGGAAUACAGUAGUAUGGCAGGA